AUGGACCUGCUUCCAGCCCAGGAGGCCGCUAAGAUCUACCACACCAACUAUGUGAGGAACUCCAGAGCCAUCGGCGUCAUGUGGGCCGUGUUCACCAUCUGCUUCGUCAUCAUCACCAUGGUGGUCUUCAUCCAGCCCUUCUGGAUUGGGGACAGUGUGGACACGCCUCAGGCAGGAUACUUCGGCCUCUUCCACUACUGCAUCGGGAAUGCACUCACCUCGGAGCUCAUCUGUAAGGGCAGCGUGCUGGACUUCAACUCCAUCCCGUCCCCGGCCUUCAGGACCGCCAUGUUUUUCGUGGGCACCUCCAUGCUGCUGGUGGUGGGAACCAUGGUCUGCUUCAGCCUCUUCUUCUUCUGCAACGCUGGAAACGUGUACAAGAUCUGCGCCUGGAUGCAGCUGGCCUCAGCUGCAUUGAUGGUGAUGGGCUGCCUGAUCUACCCGGACGGCUGGGACGCUCCAGAGGUGAAGAGGAUGUGUGGCCAGAGGACGGACAAGUACACCCUGGGGAACUGCACGGUGCGCUGGGCCUACAUCCUGGCCAUCAUCGGCGUUCUGGACGCCCUCCUCCUGGCACUUCUGUCCUUCACCCUCGGCAACAGGCAGGAUAAGCUGCUGCCAGAAGACUUCGAGGUGGAGGGAGGAGGCGAGGGUUGA